UUUGUAAAUUCUGUCUGAUGAUGAUUGCGAUGUUGCGCUAAAUUAUUUUGAUUGAGAUUAAUACAUUAUGUUAUCGUAGUAACUUAGAUUAAAAUGGAUCAGAAUAAUCGUUCUAGAAGAAAUGAUCUAGAUAUAGAUAGUUUUCGAAGUGAUGAACCGGGUUUUGAUAGGGCUCGAAUGAGACGACAAUCUGGUGGAUUUGUAGACUUCGGGAAUGAAUCACAAUAUGGAACAGGCGGACACCAAGCCUCUGGAGCAAAUGAAAUAUUUGCUGAUAUACAGGGAGAUGUUCCUUGGUGGAAAUCCAACUUUUUCAUAUCACAACCAGUGCUAUUUGGGACCUGGGACGGAGUGUUCACAUCAUGCCUUAUAAAUAUUUUUGGAGUAAUCGUAUUUCUAAGAUCCGGUUGGAUUGUAGGUCAAGCUGGUGUAGUUAAUGCAGUUUUUAUAGUAAUAUUUACAGUAUUUGUUGCCUUGAUCUCAGUGCUGUCAGCUGUGGGAAUAUGCGAACGAUGCAGAAUAGAAAGUGGGGGAGUGUACUUCAUUCUAGCACACACAUUGGGCUCCCGAAUGGGUGGAUCUCUUGGCAUUGUGUACUGCUUUGGACAGGCAGUGGGAUGUGCUCUGAAUGUUGUUGGUUUUGGGGAGUCAAUGGCUGAUCUUGUCAACCUGAACAACACAUGGGCAGCGCAGGGCUUUGCCAUUGCCGCAGUGCUUCUGUUGGGCACAAUCAAUGUUGCUGGAGUGAAGUGGGUGAUAAAGCUGCAGUUUGUUCUUCUUCUAGUCAUAUUGUUGGCAGCCUUUGACUUUUUCCUUGGUUCCUUUACUACCAUGCCAACUGCUGAAUUUGUUGGUUGGUUCAACAGUUCAAUUGCCAACAACACUUGGUCAAAUUAUGAGCCAGGAUACUCUUGGUUCAAGUGCUUUGGAGUUUUCUUCCCAACAAUUACUGGGAUUUUAGCAGGAAUCAAUAUGAGUGGUGACUUGAAAAACCCAUCUGUCAAUAUUCCUAAUGGCUCCUUGGCAGCUAUAGGCACUGGAACCUUCCUGUACCUCAUGUUUAUAAUAACAUUAGCAGCCACAGUCACCCGUGAAGCACUAUUGAAUACCUUCUCUAUUACUGCUGACAUAUCUGCCGUAAGGGUCCUGCUGCUGGCAGGGUUGUAUGUUAGCUCUAUGAGCUCAUGUCUUGGUGCAAUGUAUGGCACGCCAAGAGUACUGCAAAGUAUUGCCAACGAGAAAGUUAUACCAGGGUUAGAUGCUCUUGGCCGUGGGAGAGGCCCCAACAAAGUACCCAUUUAUGCUAUGGUAGUUGUAGCUAUAAUAACUAUCACAUUCAUCAUAAUUGGAGGCAUAAACCGACUUGCACCAAUUGUAACAAUGCCCUUCCUUAUCACGUAUGCUAGUAUCGAUUAUUCUUAUUUUGCUCUCGCCCAGACGUUUGAUUUGCAACAUAAACGUGAAAUGAGAUUCCAAGGUAGUUCACCACGUGAUACCCAAGUCUAUGGAGCUACAGGAAGCGAUCUUGAUCUACUGUUUCCCGAAAGGAUAAGACAUAAGAAUGUAGGAGACUUCACUCCAUCACCAACGGAUCCCGCUAUAAUGAACGGUCGACAGUCGAAUGGCGACGUGAGACGGCCCAGCGUCAGUGUUCAUUCUAAAAACAAGAAUUGGUACUCUCAUCUUUGCAACAGAUGGCUUUCUCUCGCUGGGGUGGCUAUCAAGCUUCUGCUGAUGUUCCUGGUGAACUGGGCGUACGCGCUCGGCUGCCUGUUCAUCCUGUGGGUGCUGUGGCUGUACGUGGGCGCCGCCAACCCCGCCGUCAAGCCCGGCCGCGCCUCCGAGUUCCGCUUCUUCCGAUGGCUGAAGAUAUCCUUCUUGCACGCUAUCGGAAAGCGUCCGUUAGAAUACGAGCAGUUGGUUGUGACGCCGAUACACGCUGACAUCAGCGUGGAACAAGAAAGGCUGAACGAUGACAAUGAAGACUUCGCGUCAAGGCGACGCUACCACCAGUCCACGCUGCAAAGCCACCUCGUCAACGUUGAGAGUUAAUAACCAAGCUGACCAAUACAUCCCGGUAGAUUCGGUAUAAUCAUUUCCAAAACAUAAACAUGUAAGUUACAAUGACAUCACUGUGCAUAUCUGUAUAGAGCAGCCUAUCAAAAUGCUUAUACCUAACGCACUACACAAAAGCCUUUAUUUUCAUGCUUUUAAUAACAUUAAUAAGACUGACUGAGUUCAUAAUGUAACACUUGCACAGGUUCAAGUUCUUACGAAAUUUAUUAAAAAUAUGAAAUUUAGAUAAGACCGUUUAUAAUAGACAAAUAACUUUCUAUCUGGCUUUAGUUGAUAAACAACUACCCUUUGAACCAGUCUUAAUCAAUCUGAUAUAGUUACACAGUUUAAAAAAUAAAACAAAAUUACUGACUGACACAUUCCAAUAUAAAAACAAAAGAAUAAUAUUAAUAAACCAAUUAAAUUUGACUAAUUUAGGCUGGACUAUCAUUGAAAGAUACUCGUUACAUAUUAUGUGUUAUCAUCAGUAAAUAAAAGAUGCCUUCAGGAUAAUUUUAUUAAAUUAAGUAUGAAUAUGCCUUAUACUUAAAAACGCCAAUGUUUAUUUCAAGGCAAGGUAUUUCAGCUGCUGCUUUCUAGGAUUUCUAUUGAUUCAAAUGUAAUAGAACACUGCACUGGCUUGUUAAAAAUAAUAAUGUGGUCGUAAGUUCUAUAUUUUAGGCCUCAUAAACUCGUGAGCUACCUUCUGGUUUUGUGGCUCACUUUUCCAGUGCAUGCGAGACCAAAUCAUAAAAAAAUAGAUAGAUAUAAAAUUCCAUAAAUUAUACUUUGUAGUUUUAAAUUCCGUUUGAGACUGGCUUGGUCUUAAUUAAAAAUUGUUAUUAAUAGAGUGAGCGUAUCAUAAUUCUACCUGAUAAGAGAAAACUAUUUAAAUAAUACGUAAUUUUACUUUCAUAUUUCUAUUUAU